UAGUAGGUUCUCUUAAUCUCUUUUGUAAGUCUUCCGGCAUAUUGUCCGAGGUAUACGUAUUAUCAAAAACUUACGGCAAGUUUACAUUCGGGGCAAGCAAUGCUCCUUCAUACAUUGUUCUUAAAUGCUUUGCAAGGACUUCAUGUCUACGCUGUAUGAGUACCUGGUUAACAAGUAGGUUAUGAUGCCCUCGUAAAACGACGACGAGCGGCCAAGGUCACAACCUAAGAGAUGGACAAUGUCAUAUCUGCCUACCAAUGUGGUCUAAAGGAACAGCACCAGGGUAACCUUAAACAGGCGAUUAACCAUUUUACUGUAGCAUUGGAGUAUUUCCACGAUGUGGCUGGACGCAAUUAUGAUCUAAUUUUUUGGUCAAACAUCUUGCUUGCUCGUUCUGAUUGUUAUAUAAAAUCCGAACAAUAUGAUUUGGCGACAAAAGAUGUAAAGGAAGCAUUACUUGACUGUCCUGAGCAACUUUGUGAUUUUGAAGAUGCUAAUUUAUGGUUGCAACAUGGAAGGACCGUUUCUUUGCCGGUUUUGGCGAUAUGGUGUUAUUCGGCUGCUCUGCAUUUUUCAGAGGGAGACAAUGGAUUUCAAAGUAGAAUCUAUUCCUACAGGGCUUGGUCUCACUAUGAUAAUGAAGAUCACGAAGAAUGUGAAAAGGAUAUUGAAGAGUCCAAAAGACUGGAUUUCGGCCCACCAAUGGACGUAGGUAGAGAUAUAAUGAAUCAGGGCAUGGAAAUGAUUCGUACAGAAAAAUAUGACCGAGCUGUACAUCUUCUCCAACUUGCUGAAAAUUAUUUUCGGCCUCUUGAUCAUUUGAAUCAAGUCGAUGAAUCAGUAAAACUUCUUCAACGCAGCUGGAAAGGCCUAAUUUAUGCUGCGUGGCAUGACAAAGUUCAUGAAAAAGCUAUAGAAACAGGAAAGAGAAGACAACAAGCAAAGCCGAUUACUAGUAAGGAAGAAGCCAAUGAAUGGAAGAAAAAAGGAAACGAAAUGUUUAAGGAAGAAAAAUUUGAUAACGCAAUUGAUUGUUAUACUCUGUCGAUUCAAUAUGUUCCUGACGGCGAUGACGUACUGCGUGGAACACUUUACAGUAAUCGUUCACAAGCGUAUCUAAAAAAGAAGCAAUAUAUGAAAUCUAAAGAAGAUGCGGAAAAGUGUUUAAAGUAUCGUCCAAAUUGGGGCAAGAGUUUCUAUCGAUUAGGAUCGGCACUGAGUGAACUGAAAGAAUACGAACGCGCUUUGGAUGUAUUUAGGAAAAGCCUGACUCUCAAAACGACCACAGAAGAAGACAAGGACAACAUUGUAGACAAAAUCAUGACCAUUGCUUACAAAUAUGGCCCAAUGAAGGUUAAUUUUGAACUUCCUCGUGACUGUUUGAAUAGAUAUAUGAAAGAAUGUGUUGAAAACGAUUACUGGAAGUCUGUAGAAGUCUUGCUUUUGGGUGGCGGUGGCCAACGAUCGUAUGCUAAAGGUCGCGGUGGAAUUGCAACUCGUAUAUGUGACCUCAGUGAUAUAUCGUUGUGUGAUGUCAUAAAAUCAGACCCUAAACCAAUUAAGUAUCAUGAACUAAUCUCUGUCAUGAUAGAGAACGGUGUUUUAGUGAACGGACGCGAUGAACAAGAUAUUCCAGUGGCUUUGGCGGUAAAUUACGAUGAUCACGAUCUUGCUGUUAUUCUGUUAAAGAAAAAUGCAAACCCUGAUGGUCUCGUAAAAUGUAAAUUUGGGAAACGUGAUGAUAUGCCAAUUCAUUCUGCAUUCAGAAUCGGACUAUCUUCAGGAAAUUGGAAAAUCUUUAAUUACUUAAUGGAGAACUGGGCAAGUACAGCUACCGCAACGCCAUAUCCCAAGACUCUGGAUAAAAAUGGAAACAAUCUUUAUCACUUAGUGGCGACAGGUGACUGCAGAGAGUUGCAUCGCGUAGUUGAAGGAAUAGGUCUUCUGAGGAAGUACAAGGUUGAUCCGAGAACAAGGAACCAGGAUGGGAAGACUCCGUUAAUGAUGAUACGUCAGAACAACGACCCAAGAUAUCGCCUUAUUGAAGAAAGUGUUAAAGACUUUGCACCUAAAAAUUCUAAAGAGAAGAAGAGGGAUGUGUCAGUGAAUAGAAAUAGUGAACGAGUUCCCAAUCAGAUUUUAAACAAAUACAAGAAAGCUAGAGAUGCAAAGCAGUUAGUCACGAAAACCGUCGAAAAAGUUCCCGUUUCUACAGUUCAUUGCCCAACUGAAAUGGAAAGACUACGCGAAAAGAUUAUCCAAGCCAUCGAAUGUCUACCAGCUAAAAUGGAUAGUGAAAAUAAAAUAAAGAAUGCAGAGUGCAGCGAAAUGGAAGAUACAGAAGAAAAUCAAGAAAUUGAUCAAAAUACUGCCAGCUGCAGCAGCCAUUUCAAGGCCAUUUCACAUCAACAGUUUGACACCAAAACAUGUGACGAAACGUUUGAUAAGUUAACUUGGGAAGUGCAAUGUACAUAUGACGUGUUGAAAAAACUUAAAGAAAAAAAAAUACCACGUGAUAUGAAAAGGAAAAUUGUAACAAUUAUCAGACAGUUGAAGUUUAUGAGUUCACGGCAACCAGUCAGACAGUUAGCAAACGGACGUAUGCGAGGAUCCCUCGCUAAACGAUUGGUUGGAAUUGCAAGCCAUUCAGAUAUUCUUUUGUUCGAAGCAAAGCUUGAUAAAUCAGCUCGUAUUAUAUGGGAACGGGCAAUUGCUUUCUCCCCGCGUUGCAGCGUCUCAAAUAGAAAGAAUGAAAACAAUGGUGGAAUUUAUACUGAGGUUAUACGAAUUUGGGACAUUGUGUUUGACCAUGACACAGUACCCAGAAAAAUCAAGAGUAUUGUUCGUUCUUAUGAACGUGGUGAGAAUUGCUUCAUCAGAAAGAGUUUAAAAGGCGUGUCGGUGGGUAACUCCGCAUCAUCAACAGCAGAUAAUCAAAGGUCGAUACCUAAGUUAUAUGUCCCUGAAGAAGAUCAAAAACAAAUGGCAACAGAACACUUAACGUCGAUUGACAACUCGUGUAACCCCGAUGAGUCUACGAAGAUGUUCUUUCCACCUGGAAGCCUUGAGGAAACAGAGUACCACAUACUAAAGUUUUAUGCCUUCUCCAAUGCGGUGGUUGAUGCAAUACUUGAUAAUGAAAUUACGAGCGAUUUUGAUUUCCCUUUUUGUGUAUCGGAACUGGAACAUUCUGUCAUAAAUCUGUCACAAAAACAAAGGGCAUCAAUUAUUUUGCUUGGACGAAGUGGAACUGGUAAGACCACAUGUUGUCUGUAUCGUUUGUGGAACAACUAUCAAAGAUAUUGGCAAUUGAACAAAUUCAGUGAACCCAGUAUUCCAAAUGUCGCGAAGUUCAUUCCGCAAAUUGCUGACGGCAUUAAUCAUAACACUGGAAACGAAGAACAAUGUAGAAAUAAAAGGCCUAUGUUUAAAGAGGGAGGUGACUUCUGUUCAAUAUCUUAUUUAAGCGGUGAAUCCGAAGCACCCAAAACCAUGGAAAAAUGCGCUAGCCAAGGACCUUCUUGCAGAAACGACGGCAAAGAAGAUUUGCAAAGCGGUGAGAAAGAGCAAACUCUGGAACAUCUUCACCAGGCAUUUAUCACGAAGAACAAAGUGUUGUGUGAAGAAGUCCAAAAAAAUUUUUCCUUGAUGAGUAAGGCUUGCUUUUUUACAAGACGCGAUGUUAACCAUCAACAAUCUUCGCAAAAGUACACAUUUGAUCAAGUUGAAGAGCAAGCAUGGCCUUUGUUUAUUUGCUCCCGAGACUGGCUGUUAAUGUUGGAUGCAUCCUUGCCAGGGGAGCAAUUCUUCCGAAGAAACAAAGAUGGCAAGCUUGAAAGAAAUGUCAGAGGAUGGGCUGGGGAAGAUAACAACCUACACGGGAUUCCAGAGGACAUUAAAUAUCACGAUGCAGUUAAAAACAAGCCAACAGCGGCAGAUAGUGGACAUAAGGAACAACUAGGAAGAGGGAAACUGGAUCAUCGACGAGAAGUUACGUACGAAGUGUUCAAGAACGAACUGUGGCGGAAAAUGACGAAGAAAAGAGAUGAAGACUAUCAUCCAAGUCUAGUCUGGACAGAGAUUAUAUCGUUCAUCAAAGGAUCAGUCGAAGCACUUCAUAAUGAUUGUGGUUAUGUAACAUUGGAAGAAUAUCAGAAACUAGGAAAUAAAAGAGCACCAAGCUUUACGGCAAACCGAACGACUAUCUAUAAAUUAUUCUUGGCUUAUCAGCACAUUUUACGCAGUCAGGAAAUGUUUGAUGAAGCCGACGUGGUUCAUAAUAUUUAUCACCGCCUUGAGCGUCAUGUCCCAACUUGGUCAAUUCAUGAGAUUUACGUUGACGAGACCCAAGACUUCACUCAGGCUGAACUUUCUCUUAUUAUUCGUUCAUGUCGUAAUCCAAACAGAUUAUUCUUCACUGGAGAUACAGCUCAAAGUGUUAUGAGAGGGAUUGCCUUUCGCUUUAGUGAUCUUAGAUCACUUUUCCACUACAUGAGAGAGUCUCUUGAAUCCAAAGGUCAAAAAGCAGACGUCAUUGUUCCUGACAAAGUUUACCAACUUACGCACAAUUAUCGAUCUCACGCUGGUAUCUUAAACUUGGCUUCGAGUGUCACCGAUUUGUUAUCUCAUUUUUUCCCUGAAUCGUUUGAUCGAAUGGCGCGUGACCAGGGGUUGUUUGACGGUCCUAAACCAGUCCUUUUAGAAUCAUGUAGCUUCAGUGAUUUAGCUGAUAUUCUUCGUGGCCACAAGCGCAAAACGUCACCAAUAGAAUUUGGUGCUCAUCAAGUCAUUCUUGUAGCUUCUGUUGAAGUACGAAACUCGCUUCCUGAGGAAUUACGUCUGGCGCGGGCACUUGUCAUGACUAUUUACGAAGCAAAAGGUCUGGAAUUUGACGAUGUUUUGAUCUAUAACUUUUUCAAAGACUCUCAGGCACUGAAAGAAUGGCGUAUUGUGGGAACAUACAAAGAAAGAACCGAUAAAGAUUCAAACACAAAUUCAAGUGGCAUUGCUGAAGAAAUGGUUGAGAAUAUGGCAUACAAAGCAAGACCAUUAGAAUUCAAUCCUGACCAGCAUAAGAUCCUUAUAUCAGAAUUCAAAUCUCUGUACACGGCUCUCACUAGAGCCAGGGUUAACGUUUGGUUAUUUGACGAGAACGAAGAAGCUAGAGCGCCCAUGUUUGAAUAUUUCCAGAAACGUGGUGUAGUUGAGGUGAAGCGGGUGCAGAAAAAAGGUGAUGUGGCUUCCAUUGGAAGAACGUUUGCUCAAAAGUCUGGAAAAGAUGAGUGGAAGAAACAAGGCAUUUUCUUUUACGAUAAAGGCCGAUGGAAAGAUGCCGUGAAAUGUUUUGAGAUGGCCAAAGAGGAUCUGUGGAUAAAAAAGUGUAAAGCACAUGAACACGUCAGUAAAGCUGCUACAUUGACAAGUGAACCUCGAAAGUUAAGAUUGGAAUUUGUAAAAGCUGCUGAUCUGUUUUUAGAAUGUUAUAUGAAUGAUGAGGCAAUGAAAUGCUUGUCCAGUGCAGAGGAACAUAUCCUUCUGGCUAAAUUGCAUGAAAAAUCUGGAAAUUUCUCUGUGGCGGCAGAAAUUUAUCGCAAUGAGGGAAAGUUUCGUGAUGCUGCAAGAAACUUUAUGAGUGCUCGCAAUUUUGAGGGAGCAGUGGAUUCUUUGCUUAAAGUGAAUCGAUAUAACGACGUAUUCAAAAUAAUUUCCAAAUAUAAAGAUUUAGUUCAUCGCGGAGAGGAACACACCAUCACAAAACCUCUUCGAUUUGACCAAAGAGAUGAAGCCAUUUGUUAUCAGGCUGCCAAAUUCUACCAACGUCGUGGUGAUCAUCGUCUAAUGAAAGAUACAUUAGAAAGAUUGCCUGAUGUUAAGGAUCACAUUACAUUCCUUAAAAGAAAUGGCUGUUUCAAUGACGCUGCCCAGUUGUUGGUUAAACAAGGAAAGUUAAAAGAAGCAUCUAAUUUAAUGAGAUCACAGGGUCAGUUUUUAGAAGCAGCUCGUUAUAGUGCUGAUGAAAAGUUUAUUGCUGAAUGUUAUUUAUUGGCCGCCCGUUCAACAAUUCUUACUUUGAAGAGGAAAGUUCGCAAUGGAGAAACUGAGGAUUUGGUGGAAGGACUUCUAGAACGUGCUGCUGAAGUGUAUAACAGAUGUAACGAUCUUAAUGGCAAAGCUGAAGCUGAAUUCACGCGCGGAAAAUUUUAUGAUAAUUCACAAGAUGUAGAAAAAGCUGGAAAUUUGUUUUUCGAAGCUGGAAACUAUGCCGCUCUUGCUGAUUGUUUUCUCGUGCUAAUGAAUACCAAUCCUGAAAGUUUUUCCCGAGCCAAAGCUAUAGAUACAUUGAAUGGUCUUCUAUAUCUUCUUCAUGCAUUCCACAAAAAGAAGAAGGGAAACAAAGACCGUACCGCCAUUGCAAUGUGUUACGAAUACUUUGGUCUUCAGGAUGUUGAUAGUACUCACGAUAAAAAAGUGCCACACCUGGAAAUGGUCAGGUUUGCUUACCUUCUGAAAACUUCAACCAAAUUUUCCGAGGACAAAAUUAUACCAAACGACGAAGUGAACAAGUUGAUUAAAGAUCGUCUUUUCCAAAUGGCACGCACUCUCAUUGAGAAAGUUUGGAACAAAACCCAACGAAUCAUCGCAAAUUGUACACCAUGCCCUCAGUUUAUGUCGGAAAUUAAUUGCGACAUCGCUACAUGCAAAAACCACCAUAGUGAAGAAACCAGACAGCAUUUCGCGGACAGGUUUUACGCUUUGUUAUUUCUAGUUCAUUUGGAACAGAUUAUCGGAGACUUUCUUAAAAGCAUGAAACGUGAGUCAGAAAAAGUGAAAACACAACUUCAAAAAGUACUGUUUAUUCACCCGGAAUUCACAGCUUGUGACCAAUUGUACGAACUGCUCUUUCCCCGAAAAGGAAACUUUGUUGCAUCCUAUUUCCUAUCAGAACGUGAUGUCCUUUUUCUACGUCGCAAAAUUUCAAAUCGUAUUGAAGAGUUUGCAAAAGUAUUAUGGUAUAGUCGUUCCAGUGAAGAAGAAAGAUGGACCAGUUCUGAUCUUAUUAUUGAAGUAUCUAAUUUGCUGCAUCUUGCUGGUGGGUCAGUUGACUACCUUCUCAGCGUGGAGGAAAGAAAAUUUGAAGACCGCAAGCUUUCCAAUCAUACCGGUAUGUCUCAAAGCAAAGACGGGCGUUUCAAUAUUUUCAGCAGGGCUCUUGAACGUUCCAGAUUUUGGUUAUACUCAAGGGGUGAUGUUUUUCUUUCAAUUCAUGCUGCAGUUAAGCAAUUUCUACUUGCUCCAGCAAAAAGGAGAGGCUUACCCUAUUCGUCCAUUGCCAAUUCCGUGAUGAUUUUGGAGCGUCACCUCACAGCGUGCCUCAUGUUACACGCUCGCCUUACGAUGAACGACACUAUCGUCUGCCUUCCAGAAAGUUACCUUUCCAUGAUCAGCUUUUGGGAUUUUGUCGACCGACCUCAAACCAACCAAAGCAUCACCUUUAAUAUGGCAAUUCAGCAUGCUCUGAAGUGUUUCCAAAGCGCUGAACCACAACGAAGCUUCAACCACUUACACGAACUAUCCUGCUCUGUCGUCCAACUUACGCUCGGUAAAAUUAAUUCAAGUUAUAAUAUUUUAAGAGAAGCUAUUUCCAGCACAUCGGUGCAUCUAGUUGAAGUGGAAAGAGUUUUGGUACUUGUUCUUACCAUGCUGUGUAACUGUGGUCGAGGUAUUCCCGAAGGAUGUAAUGUCCACAUCCGUGAACAACUCUUCACAUUACAACUUCGCCAUGACCUGCCACAGAAGCUAAAAAAGUGCUUCGAAGAUGCGCGUAAUGCGAAUGGUUUCCGGGAUGUUGUUCUGUGUUUAAGAGAACUCUUGUUACAAAAACCACGCCAAGAAAGACUAGUGGAUGUGAAGUGGGAUGAACUUAGAUCUAAAGAUUGUCGUAUAAACUGUAGAAUUGACAUGUACUCUAAGAGUUUUAGCUUCAAAUCUCAUGCAAGCACAAUAUCAACAAAAGCAACAGCAAUGGCACAAGUUGAAGAACCUGAAGCUGUAGAAGAUGAAAUGAUGUACAAGUUUUCACGAAUUUUCAAUGAGAAAGAAAGUCGCAGCCAACGUCAGGAAUACAGUAAAGAAGUUAAGAAAAAUGCUUGUCUUGUCAUCUCGAAAGCAUAUUUAAAAUGGAGAAGUCGAAAAGAGACGAAAGAAAAACUGGACACCGAGAUGAAGAAUGACGCUGUAAAACGUCAUUUUCAGUCAUUCAAACUGGACAAAUAUGGUUGUACCAUUUGUGGGCGCAUACAGUUUGUUAAUCGUAGUCUAAACGUCACUGUAACCACGCCAUCUGCAGAACCAUCUUUGUCACAUGAACCAGAUAAAGAGGAAACGUGGAAACAACGCAUUUUGCAGAGAAAUACUUUCGAAGCCCAUUGCUCUAGAGGGAGCCCCCACUGGAAGAAAGAGAAAUCGUUCGCUCGCUUUAGGGAUUUAUACAGAAGACAUUUUUUACCAACCAUAAAAAAAGCCACUCAACUGUUAGACGAAAUGACGAAUUUACAGGAAGAAACCGAAGUGGAUUAUUCCCUUGAUCUAGAUCGAUUAAAUGAUGCUUUGAGCAGGUUACAAAUGGCGUUAAAAAAGGUUGAAAAUUCGUGCUCGUGGAACUCUGUCAAUAUGAUAAACAAAGAAGUCGAAGUUGUAAAUAAUUUGAUUCGACGCAUGAGGAACAACACAGUCAAGAAAGGCGGACUGAGCAUAGGAUCCACCUGAGGAUCGAAGGAUGAGGAUGGAUGAGGAUUGAAGAGGCUGUUUCAAAUCCAUCCACAGAACAAGAAAAAAAGAAAGCUCUUUCUGGCAUACAACAAGUGACCAAUUAACUAAUAUCGAGUCUCGAACUGACUAUACUUAGUAUUGGGACGAGAAAAAAAGUAAGAAGCUGUUUCAAAGAAAAAAUAUAAUUCUAAUGAAUUUUAAUGUAAUGUAGCAAAAAUGAAUGUUUUCUUAAUAUCAAGAUAACAUGUUACUCAAUCUCGUUACCCGAGCCGCGAUUUCCUCUGAAAAAUGAUUCUGAUUGGUCGUUCAGGCCGUUGGAGUUUUGAAAUACGAUAGAAACAGUUACAAACCUGAAGCCAGGAUUUGAUCUGGCUACCGGUUUUGAUUAUGUUAGAGCCUUUGUUUCCAGGCCUCUGUUUCCUGGCCAGAGGAAAUCUCGAGCUCGGAGAACGAUAUUGCAUGUUAUUAUACUAAAUAACGUAUACUUCAGGGACAAACUAUUAAAUUUUUGAUUGAGGAGCUGGAAUUGCAAAAGGAAUAUGGUAACAGCUUAAAGAGGCCCUAAGAUGUUGGGGACUAAAUUUAUAGCGGCCCCUCUGUUCUGCAAUCACCUCAAACCAAAAAAGUCGUGCAAGAUCUAGCGUUCUUAAUACUAAUUUUGGUCAGAUAUAGACUAUAUUUCGUAUCGCAUGGAUGCCUGAAAAUAGUACACGUCCG